UUAUGGAAACACCUUGCAGUAGCAAUGAAUAAGGUUAUAAUAAUCACCACAACCAAGACUGUUAGCACUGCAGAAAACUAUCAAUAUGACAUGCCAGUUCUUCUUUUUCUUUUCAGUUUUCUUUUUUGCUUUUAAAAACACGCAAUCUGUGCUAAAUUUUGACAAUAAUGAUGAAAUAGUCAUUCGAGACUUUCUUUAGAGUGCUGAAGGAAACUUCCUCUCGAAAUCAGGAACUGUUUUAUCAACUGAAACUACCAAGAGCAAAAAGGAAUGUUGUUUCAAGUGUGUACAAAACAAGGCGGAAUGUUUGUCAGUGAAUGUCAUCACUGUGGACCAAACGAGUCUUCGUUGUGAGUUGCUUAAUUGGACAGGAACAGGCUACGAACAGUAUCUCGUGCCGAAAAUCAAUUCGACGUUUAUGCAGAUAAAGAAUCCUUGCCUGGAGGGGCCUUGCCUUAAUGAUGGCCAGUGUGUGUUAUAUAACGAUGCACGUGAUUAUCGUUGCACGUGUAAAGAAAGAUUUAAUGGAAGCCAGUGCCAAAUUGCUCUCGGAUAUCCCAAAAAAGAAGUCGAAGCCUUAGACAACUCUGGUAUACUGUCUAAUUAUGACAAUCCGAGUUUCUUGAUAAAGACAYUGACAGGCUACAUAGCCACCAYGUUUCAUGAGACAAGUCCAAAGGACUGGGUGAGUUGUUGGCACGCUUCUAAAGAUGGAUGGGACACCCGAUCAACKUUCCAUYCUCAGUGUGACGGGAAAAACCCUACAAUGACGCUUGUCCGUGUUGGUUGGAACCUGUUUGGUGGAUUCACCGAUAAACCCUGSAAUACUGCGCACCUCUAUACCAAGUCCUCAAGGUCCUUUAUAUUUUCCCUGAACAGCACCAAAGGAAAUAAUCCCAUCCAGCUGAACCUAACAAGACCAAAMYACCAAAAGUAUGCUAUUUUUUCAACUAAAACUAACGGACCGACAUUUGGGAAAGGAAUGCAUGACAUCAUGCUUGCUAAUGAUGCCAUAAAUAACAAAGAUUCAUACACAGUUUCAAAUAGCUAUACUCCCCCACCAGGUUGUACACCUGAUCAYACUUGUCUUUAUUUUGCUGGAGGAUCCGAAAAUAAGUUUACGCCGGACGAUAUACAAGUCUUCUACUACGCUGUCCAGACAACCGGACUUCGGAAUUCCACAAUCCUCAAAGAUUAUGGCAACGAUAGCUACGUGAAGACAUUAGAACUCUUUAUARAUACUGCAUUACAUCAUCCCAAUCCAAACCAAUGGGUGAGAUGUUGGCACGCCGCUGAAGAUGGAUGGGAAGUAGAAAUAACAUUCCAUCCUCAGUGUGACGGAAAGAAAAACACGGUGACGAUAGUUCGUGUUGGUCAGUACGUGUUUGGUGGAUUCACCGAUAAACCCUGGCAUACUCACGGGCUAUCCAAGUCAUCAAGUUCCUUCCUAUAUUCUCUGUACAAUAUCAAAGGAUAUAAUCCCAUGCAAUUGAAAAUAAGAGGCCCAGAUAWCGAGAAAAACGCUAUUUAUGGCAAUAAAGGUAAUGGACCAGCAUUUGGAUAUCAUGACCUGUUUAUUUCUAAUAAAGCCGACAGCAUUGAAACGUCAUAUUAUCAAGUUAAGGACUACGAGUCACCGCCUGGUUGUAAUCCAAGCAUUAGUUGUGACUACAUUGCGGGUAAACGUACCUUCAGUGUGGACGAUGUGGAAGUGUUUUAUUACRUCAAUGAAACUCUACUGAAGAAUUCUGCGAUCCUUUCUCAUCAUGGAAAUGAUGCAUAUAUCAAGACUCUGACAGGCUUCUUAGACGCUGCAUUACAGCAGUCGACUUCAGACCAGUGGGUGAGAUGUUGGCACGCCGCUGAAGAUGGAUGGGAUGUUUAUGUAUCUUUWCAUCCUAUGUGUGAUGGAAAGAAACCCAGUGUGACGAUAGUYCGUGUYGGUCAGUACGUGUUUGGUGGAUUCACCGAUAAACCCUGGCAUACUGUUGCAACCUAUACCAAGUCAUCAAAAUCAUUCCUAUUUUCACUGUACAACACACAAGGAUAUCAACCCAUCCAGUUGAACCUAACAGGCCCAGGCAGCUACAAUUAUGCUAUUUAUGGUCAGUUAAAUGUUGGACCAGCAUUUGGACGYGACUUGCAGAUCGUUCAACUUGCCUCAAGCAAUACAAAGUCGUUUUAUAAAGUCUCUGACUAUCAGCCCCCGCCUGGUUGUAGUGCUGGAUCUGAGUGUACCUACAUUGCAGGAAGCGAAAUGUUUAAGCCAGACGAUGUGGAAGUGUUUUAUCAUAGCAUUUGAAUCUGUAAGCUAGAAUUUGAGAACAAUGUGUAGGUUUUUUAAUAUUCAGUUUCGAAUUCAAAGCGAAUAACCGCUGUUUUACUUGACAGCAGAUUCUAUUACGCUAUUACGCUAUUACGCUAUUACGAUUAUAACGAAAAUCGCACAUUUUGAACAUGUAUAGUUUACAACACGAGCUUGUUGUUUUGGAAUUACAAUCUCAAAUUACAAUAUAUAAUUUAAUGUAAAUAGUCCAUAUCACAAGCCCGCCAUUUUGAAUCGGUU